CUUUGGACCUCAUAUUUCCGAAAACAUCAGCAAGACAAAAAGUGUUAUCCAAGAUGUCCGAUCAAACUAGAGUUCUACUUUGGGCCUUACCACGGACCUGUUCCUCAAUUCUACUUAAGAGCUUGAGCAGCAUCCCUGAUUCUCAGAUGAUCUAUGAAUUUUACAGUACGGCUAACUUCUAUGGCCCAGAAAGAGUCAGACCUGCCCCGCCUGAGCCCACUAUGAGCAUUGAGCUGGAUGGCAAUGGGUUAUUGAAAGGACCAGGGUCAGGGUUCAAGAGUUCAAUCUUCACAUUUGAGUGGGUCAAGCGACAACUUGAGGCAGACUACCAGGGUAAAAACGUCAUCAUUGCUAAGGAGAUGGCUCAGUGGUUAUACGGGAGGUACGAGCUCAUUCCAAAGGGCUAUCGACACGUGUUCUUGAUCAGGAGUCCUUAUAAGGUCUUCCCAUCCUGGAAGAAAAUGAGGACAGAAUUGUUAAGGUCCAGCGGCAUCAAGAUCUCGCCUGAGGACCCUGUACUUGAUCAGAUACCCAAGGAAGUCAGCCACCCUGGAGAGGCUUACAAGGAAAUCACUGAUCUGUGGCUUCACAUCAAGGAAAACAACUUGGAUACAGAUCCCAUCAUCAUAGACUCUGAUGAUCUGCUUCAAAAUCCCAAAGAGAUACUGUCAGCUGUUUGUUCAAGGGUAGGAAUACCUUACAGUGACUCUCUUCUCUCCUGGGAAGCUGGAGUAACGGUCGUAGGUCAAUGGAUGGUAAGCAGUGCUUUUAAGAACUUGAUGGAAAACACAGAUUUCUACCAAAAGACUUUCAGGAACAGCACAUGCUUCAAAAAGCCAGUUCCUGAAAAAGAAAUCCCUGAUUUAGCAACCUUUUCUCCUGAUGUGCAGCGCUGUAUUUACAACAGUAUGUCUUACUACUUGAAACUGUUUGAACAGCGGCUCAAGUAGUAGGCCAUUAAAAGCAUCAUCACUUCACAAAGGUCUGUAAAGACAUUACCCCUGUACUACAAUGAACUAAUAACUUCUUGUUUUGAAUCAUUUCCUCUCUUUUUCUCUUAGCUUUUUACUUUUGGUUUAAAGGCAGUGGACACUAUCGGUAAUUGUCAAAGACUAGCCCUCACAGUUGGUGUAUC